AUGAUUGCUCUGCUACACAAGCUUUUCGUUCUUUUGCAAGUGGUGAAACCAGUGGUAGCGCACAAACAUGACUCUGACAUUGCAGAUAGCUAUGAACAUGAUCCUUCGGCUCAGUUGAUUCAUCAAAUCCAGGACUAUUUAUUCCCAUUCUCAGCUCGUUAUAAUUCGAUCCUGGCCACUUUACUUAUUCAAUUAGCACCUUGUUUUAUUAUUUUCUCAAUUCCAGGUCUCAAGAAGAGCAAGACUAGUGGUCAGAGUAGUAGCUUGCUACCCGUGCUGGUUUCCUUCGCCUUUGGUACUUUGCUUGGUGAUAUUCUCCUUCAUUUGAUCCCAGAAAUUUUUGAAUCAAUUGAGAAUACUCAACCAUCAUUUAUUCUCAUCGGAUCAGCUAUCUUUACCGGGUUCUUGGCAUUCCUAUUCCUGGAUAAGACUUUGAGAGUUAUGUCGAUUGGAACCGGAAAAGAGAUAUCCCUGUCUUCUCAUUCUCAUUCACACGUUCAAGAGUCUGAUGAGAUAGCCACUAGCUCUUCAAUUAAUGCUCCACAAAGCACUAAUGGAUUGAAGCAAAGAAAGACCAGGAAUAUUGCCACUAAACCCACCAGAAAAGCUGCAAAAGCUCACGAGUCGCACCAGAAGCCCAAUAUUGCAGCAUACUUGAACAUAGUUACCGGCUGUGUACACAAUAUCACUGACGGUAUCGCUCUAGCGUCCAGUUUCUACAGUUCCAGGCAUGUCGGCGCCACCACAACGAUUGCAGUUAUGUUUCAUGAAAUCCCACAUGAAAUUGGCGACUUUGUCAUCCUACUCUCAAGCGGAUUUACUUUCCCUCAGGCCCUCAAGUCCCAACUAGUUACCUCGAUUGGCGCCAUGGUCGGAACAGCCAUCGGUUGUGCCCUCAACGAGAUGCCACAAAGCACUUCCAAGACAAGUACUACUAGUACGCACUGGUUGUUGCAACCCGAUCUACUACUACCGAUCAGUACUGGUGGAUUUAUCUACAUAGCGACUGUAGGAGUCGCUCCACAAGUACUACAGCUAACGUGUUCGAACAAGUCACAAGAAGCCAGGAUAUGGAUACUACAACUGGUCUCGAUUAUCGCUGGCUUUGCCCUCAUGAUGGCGCUAGCACUACUAGAGUAA